CCAAAUUCCUAGCUCGAAAUCCCACUCCUUCGACUCACCUUGGAUCCCUAGGCGUCUCCCAUCUCCCAUCCCCUUUCGACCGCCGGAGCCAUGGGGAUUGGACGUCAGAGAGGUGGUGAUGUGUUUGGGAGCACUAGCAAUGGCAGCAGAGGAGAAAGAAGAGGCGGAAAGAGUGGAUGUAGCGGUUGGAUUAAGGAUGGAGAAGGGGUUGUUGUUGAGCCGCAUAGACAUGCUGGGGUGUUCAACGCAAAAGGGGAGCAGUAUGCUCUUUGCACCAAGAGCCUGGUUGCUGGAGAGUUGGUUUAUGGCGAGAAUCGUGUUGUUGUUCAGAAUGAGGAUGGGACAAAGGUUGAGUAUAGGUUGUGGGAUCCAUUCAAAUCCAAGCUAGCUGCUGCUAUUCUUGAUGAUGUUUAUGAUAUAGGAAUUAUUCCUGGGGAUCAAGUGCUUUAUCUUGGUGCUGGAUCUGGGAUUACUGUUUCCCAUGUUUCUGACAUUGUUGGACCUAUGGGAAUGGUGUAUGCUGUUGAAUUUUCAGAUAGGAAGGCCAGGGACCUGAUUAACAUGGCAAGGAAGCGAACCAAUGUGAUCCCAAUCAUUGAAGAUGCCAGGCAUCCGUUAAAAUAUCAAUCUUUGGUUGGUGUAGUAGAUGUUGUCAUCUCUGAUAUUUCUCAGCCAUAUCAGGUAAAGAUUUUAGCUCAGAAUGCUUCUUACUUCUUGAAGGAAGACGGCCGUUUUAUGAUAUCAGUAAAUGCGAACCGAGUAGAUCCAACAGCUCCUGCUGAUGUAGUCUUUGCCCAAGAAAUAAUAAAACUUUAUGCUGAGCAAUUUAGACCUAUGGAUGAAGCCACUCUUGAACCUUUUACAAGAGACCAUUCCUGCAUUUUUGGUGGAUACCGGAUACUGAACAAACAAAGGCGAGCAAAUUAAAUCCUUUUGUUUGAAGUAAGUGCACUGUCUUACUUCUGUUACUAUUAUGAACAUCUGAAUAUGAAUGCUUACCAGACAUGUCAUCUCCAAUGUGGUGAAUUUUGGUUUGACAUGAGAGGGAAUAGUUCUUUUGUAUAUUUUGGUUGCUAUCGGAGGAAUUAGCUAAUAUAAAAUUAAAGGUUAUAUUAGUUUUUUUUUAGCGUACUUGUAAAAUAUCAAAUAUAUAUUUCUGAAAGUGUAAGUAGUGAUUGUGUA